GGUUACAAUUCCGGCGCUUGCUGGAUUUUCUCUCUGUUUUUGGAAACAGAGCAUAUAUUAAUAUUAAAAGAAAGUAAAGAAAUCCAACGGAAUUAAAAUAGGGACUCCGCAACAUUCAGGCGAUCAUAUCCAGGCGCUUCAGAGAAUGUUGGCUACAGGGGCGGCUGUAACCACAGCGCUGGCGCAAGUGGAUAGGGAGAAGAUCUAUCAAUGGAUCAACGAGCUGUCAAGUCCAGAAACCCGUGAGAAUGCCUUGCUGGAGCUCAGCAAAAAACGGGAGUCAGUACCAGAUCUGGCACCCAUGCUCUGGCACUCCUGUGGUACCAUAGCUGCUCUCCUGCAGGAAAUUGUCAACAUAUAUCCCUCUAUAAAUCCACCAACACUAACAGCACAUCAGUCCAACAGAGUAUGUAAUGCCCUAGCACUUCUGCAAUGUGUGGCUUCUCAUCCAGAGACAAGGUCUGCAUUUCUUGCAGCACACAUCCCACUGUUCCUCUACCCCUUUCUGCACACCGUCAGUAAAACACGGCCUUUUGAGUAUCUUCGGCUAACUAGCUUAGGAGUCAUAGGAGCUCUGGUGAAGACAGAUGAGCAAGAAGUCAUCAACUUUUUACUGACCACAGAGAUCAUUCCACUGUGUCUGCGCAUCAUGGAGUCUGGCAGUGAAUUGUCAAAAACGGUUGCUACUUUCAUACUACAGAAAAUUCUCCUGGACGACACAGGGCUCGCUUACAUUUGUCAAACAUACGAACGUUUCUCUCAUGUUGCCAUGAUACUUGGAAAAAUGGUCCUACAGCUGUCAAAAGAACCUUCUGCUCGCUUGCUGAAGCAUGUUGUACGCUGUUAUCUCCGCCUUUCUGACAAUCCCAGAGCCCGAGAAGCCCUCCGCCAGUGCCUGCCUGACCAGCUCAAAGACACAACCUUUGCUCAGGUCUUAAAGGAUGAUACCACAACCAAGCGCUGGCUGGCUCAGCUGGUGAAGAAUCUUCAAGAAGUCACAGACCCAAGGAAUAUUCCCCUACCUCCACAAUAGCCCUCACCAUCUUCUUGUGAUGGGGAUAAUCCAACACAAAAAGGAUGAUCUGUAUAGCCCUUAUGAACAUUAGACAAAUGAAGAGCUUUGACAACUUAUGGUCGUCAUGUUCAAGUUGGUUCUUUGGAAACCUGUAGAUGCUUCUUAGUAUUCUUACUAAGAUUGUUAUAAACGGUGCUCUUAGACUUUUUACAUUGUGCCAAGCUCUUGAGGCAAUCACUUGUUUGAGCUUUGAUUGACUGGUGAUGUGACACUUCGUUUCCUUAUUACUUUUCCUCACUAUUGCAUCUGUUUCCAGUGAUGUUAGGAUCUUCAAGUACAGUAGGUGUUGGAUUGCUUCCUGAAAAGCAUUUUGAGAAUCCCAACUUCAGUGUCUCUUCAGAAAGAGCUAAGUGCAACACAGCAGAUGGGUAAUUAAGCUCCUGCUUCAAAAUGCAAUAACUGCUGUAAAAGGAACUAUGGUAAACACUUUCACGGCUUAUAAAAAUGAACUCGAUAUCACAUCCAAAGUUAUUUUACCAACAUUUCAUAGUAGUAAAAAACAAAUGAUUGUUUGAUUUUGUUACAGUUUUAAUUACUUCUCCUUGCAGUAAUUUGUCCAUAAUUUGGUUUAGGUAUUUGAAAACUGUUCUUGAAUAUUGUGCAUCCUCAACAUGUAGUUAUUCCUUUGGGUUAUUGUGUGUUUGACCAUGCAGUUUAUGCAAAAAAACUGCCAAACUUGACUUUUUGCAUGUUUUUUUAAUGUGAUGAAAUACUUUCAAAACAGACUUUUAAAUGACUUAUUAAUGUAGUAUUUCAUGUUGGAUAUCUGCACACUUCAUCUAGUUGUUACUAAGAAAACAUCUGAAGUUGAUUUUUGAGCACUUUGCACCAUAUUCAAAAAUUUUCAAGUCGUUAAAUACCUGUUUUUUCCUUAAGAAUUAAAAAUAAAACUAAAUUGGUAUAAUCAAUCCAAAUACUAUUUUAAGAAUUGCUGAAUUUUUUUUGCUUUUAUUUGCUGUACAUGUUCUAUGUAUUAGGCCCUUAAUCUCAACUUUGUACAUUUUAAGAAGUCCACAUUCUAUUUGAAAGUACGCCAGAGUGCGAGUUCUCAUGUUUCUCCAAAGUUGGAUUAAUGCUAAAAUCCAAAAUAAGAUUCACCAUUUUUUUACUGUUUUGACAUGAGUUCUGUCAUGUUGCAUAAUUGUAGAUAAAGAAAUGGAUACAGGCUGAUUAAUUUUAUCCCUGAUAUAUUAUAAUUUGUAUAUAGUUACAUUUGUUUUUAUAUUAUGAUUACCUAUGUCAGGGACUUACAAGUGCUUUUGCCACUGCUUGGCCCAUUACAUCUGGAGAACUUUACAGUACAAGUCUUUAACUAUGUUGCACCAUCAUUAUCCGUUAUUUUCAAGUCAGGUGAAGACAUUUCCUGUAGAAAGUUUUGUUUUACAGCAGUUGCUCUUGAACUGUAGUAUUCACCUACCCAUAAUGCAUAUUACUGGGAUUAGGAAACUGAGUUCCUAAAACUGUUAUGAGUGAGAGAACUUCUGUAAGCAUCCUGUAUUCAUUUACAUAUAUUUGCAACACACCCCUUUCAAGUUUCUUUAAACUUGGAUUGCAUUUCAGAGCUUUUUGUCUUAAUUCAGAAAAGCAGAAAGAACAGCCAAUGAAAAUACGUGCGUUUCUUCCACAAAUUGGUUAAAUUUGUAUUUGGUGAUAUAGGACCGUAUUAAAAAAGUAAAUGAUGAGUGUGAAUGUGGCAAUCCCCUGCCUCCACAUGUUUGUACAUAGCGUUGGUUUACCAAAAACCAAAGCAACCAUUUAAGUAUUAACACCAGCCACCAUUCCCUGUUGUUAAUAGUAUUAUUUCUCAUAUACAAUCCUAAUUUUAAAUUUACUGAAAGAUGUGAAAAAAGGCUUUUAUGUGGUUUAUAUCUAUCCCAAUGUUGAACUAUUUUGCCUAGAACUGUUUAUUCUAGUAGUUUGGCUGCACUGAAAGUUUCGAAAUCUGUGUCUGCCUGUGGUGGAUUUGGUUUAAAAACAAAGCAGCUGGUUAGAGCACCUUGAUAAAAUUAUAUUUUUUCUCUUAGAAAGUCAAUUCCCUGUACCACAGUGCUAUACAAUAAGAGAGUAGAUGUAUGGCAACUACUAUAAAACAAAGCAUGUAACUAAACUAGCUAAUUCUGUACCAGUAAUACAACUAUAACAGCCUAAAGAAACUUCUUUAGUAGCUCAAUAACAGCUCAAUAACAUUGUCAGUGGGUUCCAGGACAUUAUUACGUGCCAUACCUGCUGUGGAUCACUUUUUAACUUGAUAUAAUGUUAAGAACUAAAUAUAAGGGAACAGCGAUUUUGGACUUUUUGAUAUUGAGCAGUGAAAGUCCAGAAGUAUUUUUACUUUUAUGUUUUUGCAUUACCUACUCAAUGAAGUUCAGGUUAAAAAGUGAUUUAUUGAAUUGUUUUCGUCUAUGAACUGUUUUUGAAUCAAUCAGUGUGGUUCAUAUUCACUAUAUACAUAUACAUCUGCUUGUGGUGGGAAAGGAGGAGAAAUGAAAGUGUGCACGAACCGUUUGUCAGCAUUUGUCCUUAAUCUGUGUCAUUGUGGUGGUCUCCCAGAACAUCUAAGAUUGAAACAAUCUGGGUGUAGUUGUUCUCUUUAAUCUUAACUACCCUGGCAUACGUUUACCUUUCCUAGAUAUGGGCUUGAUGGUCAAAAUCAUACCUGCCAUGUGGAGACCUUUGCAGUGUAGUAUAUGUUCAAGAAACAUUGAUAUGUCACUGCAUUAUUUUUGAAUAUGUGAGGCAUAUAUGCAACCAUUCAAAUAAGCAAAAUUGAAUGUAGAAUGUGAAAAUGUAUUUGAGAGACUAUUUGUAAAUAUAUUCCUGAAAAAUGUA